UUGUUUUUUUCACUCAACUAAUAUAAAAACCCAACAUAGAUUCCAACACAAAUUUGGAAAACAAAAAAGGUCAAUAUAAUAAGCAAUCGAAUUUAAUACAAACUAGGAAAUAUUAAAACACAACUCAAUAAUUUCUCCUUUUUUUUCAACCUUUGGUAUCCCAGUUAUUCACAAACUCCCUCUCACUUCUAAAAUAAAUCCAAAACAAAACCCAAAAGAACACAUAAAAAAAAGAAAAAAAAAUAUACCUAUAUAUACCCCAUAUACAAAGAAACAAUAGGUCUCGAAGGAGAACUCUUUCUUUCUUUCUUUCUUUCUUUCUUUCUUUCUUUCUUUCUUUCUUUCGCUUUUUGUGUUAUACACAUAAUAUACACACAAUAAUAACAAUAAUGGCUUCUUCACAAGCUGCUCUUCUCCUUCAAAAACAACUCAAAGACCUAAACCGGACUCCGGUAGAGGGAUUUUCAGCCGGUUUAAUCGAUGAGAACAACGUAUUUGAAUGGAGUAUAUCGAUCCAGGGUCCAGAAAACACAUUGUUUGAUGGUGGAUUGUUCAAUGCCACGAUGAUUUUCCCUAUCGAUUACCCUAAUAGUCCACCAACGGUGAAAUUCAUCACCGAUAUAUGGCAUCCUAACGUAUACCUUGAUGGUAGAGUUUGUAUAUCCAUCCUUCAUCCACCAGGUGAUGAUCCAUUGUUUUAUGAGUUGGCUAGUGAACGUUGGACCCCGGUUCAUACUGUCGAAAGUAUAAUGUUGAGUAUAAUAUCAAUGCUUUCGAGUCCUAACGAUGAAUCACCAGCCAACGUUGAUGCAGCACAAGAAUGGAGAGAUAAUAGGGCUGAGUUUGUGAAGAAGGUGAAACGUUGUGUGAGGAAGUCACAAGAGAUGUGAGUUUUGCAUGCAUGCAUGCAAGGAGAAGAAAAAAAAAAGAAAUUUUUAUUUAUUCUUUGUUGGUUUUUAAUUAGAAUUUAUUUUUUGGUAUUAAAAGAUUGCUGGAGAUUUUAUG